AUGGCAUCAACCACUAAGGGGAAGUCAGUAAGAAAGACUGACUUUGCAUUGGACAGGUCAAAGAGUUUGUCAUUUGAUUGGACAGAAUUUGAGCGAGUGUUUGCAUCAGAGUUCAAUACAAAGGCAGGAUUCGAGCGUUUGGUGAGUUUCUUAUCAGAAAUCUCGAAGAUCAUCGCAAAAUAUCUAAAGUCUGAACGUGAUGUUCGCAGCAAGGUGCUCGACUUUCACCAUCCACAUCAGCUGCGAGAGCAAAUGGAUCAUUGUCUUUAUGUUGACGAGAAGCCACGAGAUUUGGAGCAAGUACUGAGUGACUGUAAAGAAACAUUGAAGUAUUGCGUUAAAACUGCCCACCCAAGAUUUCUGAACCAAUUAUCAACUGGUAUUGACAUAAUUGGUCUUUCCGCUGAAUGGGUCACCGCCGCUGCUAAUACUAACAUGUUCACCUAUGAAAUGGCUCCAGUGUUUACCCUUAUGGAGGAAGUGAUUCUUGUGCGCAUGCGCCGUUUCAUUGGUUGGACGGAUGGUGAUGAAAUAUUUGCUCCAGAUGUGUCAUGUAUCACGUGGUACAAAAUCAGAAUGUUUGAUUUGGACGAGAAGUUACUGGGGUCUAGAAUUAAAGUUGAUGUAAAUAGCGAGUUACGGAGUCAUUUUUCUAUCAAGAAAGCGGCAAUACUCCUCGGAAUAGGUCUUAAUAAUGUUUACAGUAUUCCCGCCGAUGAAAGAGGCAGAAUGCGAAGUGUUGAUCUUGAAACAGCAAUACGGCGCUCGAUAGAGCACGGUAUGGUGCCGUUAAUGGUAAAUGCAACAUGCGGUACAACUGUUCUUGGUGCGUUUGAUCCUGUGAACGCCAUUGCUGAUGUUUGUGAGCGCUAUGGAUUAUGGCUUCACGUUGACGGGGCAUGGGGAGGGAGUGUUCUGUUUUCCGAGAAAUACAGACAUCUUCUACAAGAUAUAUACAGGGCGGACUCUCUGACAUGGAACCCCCAUAAAAUGAUGGGUGUCCCAUUACAAUGUUCGGCGAUUUUCUUAAAGAAAAAGGGAAUAUUGUCAGAAGUGAAUCAGCUACAUGCUGACUACCUGUAUCAGAAAGACAAGAUAUACGACACAUCGUAUGAUACUGGUGACAAGGCAAUACAAUGUGGGCGUCAUAAUGACAUCUUCAAGUUGUGGUUGAUGUGGAGGUCAAAGGGCGAUAGAGGAUUCAGGGAACAAAUUGACAGAAAUUUUGCAAUGUCAAGGUAUUUACUCGAGGUUCUCAGAAAACGAGAAGACUAUGAACUAGUUCUAGAAGAAAUCGAAGGUCCGACGGUGUGUUUUUGGUAUGUUCCACUAAAAAUAAGAAUGAUGAAGGAAAAACAAGACAAAUACUUCCACCUUCAUAAGUUGACAGCAAAAUUGAAGGCGUUGAUGAUGGAAAAAGGAUCGUUGAUGAUACAGUAUCAGCCUCUUGGGGACCUACCAAACUUCUUCAGGGUAGCUUUCUCAAAUCCUGCAAUAACACACUCUGAUGUGGAUUUUAUGGUGCAAGAAAUUGCCGACCUUGCUAAACAAGUAGAAUAGCACAACAGGAACACAUCAAA